AUGCGCACAGUGGGCGUGAAAGUAUGCCUGGAGAGAAAAAAAAGAGAACGUGGUCGAAUGAGAGUUCAUCAUCUUAAUAAUGUUAAUAAGGCGUUGCAAAUUCUUGAACAAAAUAAUGUAAGUCCAAUGGAUCAUGUGAAACUUGUAAAUAUUAGUAGCAACGACAUCGUUGACGGUAAUCCUAAGCUAACAUUGGGAUUAGUAUGGAGUAUUAUUUUACACUGGCAGGUACAUUACCAUCUGAAGGAUCUUAUGACAGAGUUACAACAAACAAAUCUGGAAAAAACACUUUUAGCAUGGUGUCGUCAGAAUUCACAGAAUUAUCCCGGAGUUGAUAUUAAAAACUUCACCACAUCUUGGUCGGACGGUCUAGCCUUUAAUGCGAUUCUUCACCGAUGGAAAUCGCAUCUGUUCGAUUUCAAUAAUAUAGCCCGUAAACAUCCUAACGCUAGACUAGACCAUGCGUUCCGAAUCGCUCAGGAGCAGUUGGGCAUCGAACGGCUGCUGGAUCCAGAGGAUGUAAAUACAUCAGUACCAGAUAAAAAAUCUAUAAUGAUGUACGUUAUGUGCCUCUUCCAAUUGCUACCUCAUUCUGGAGACGAUAUAGGCGAGCUAGAUAUUUCAGUAGCCAGCGACACUAGCCCGGUCACGACACCAGGGGCUGAGAACCCAUUAUCGUUCACAAAUUUCGGCACACCGGCCUCGAGACCAAUGAGUCUUGCCACAAACGUGUCGGUAGAACUUGGUGGUUACCAAGUCGCCCUUGAAGAAGUGUUGACCUGGCUUCUGGAGGCUGAAGAUAAGCUAAAUCACGCUCCAGAACCAGGCUCGAGCUUAGAAGUACUGAAGCAACAAUUUCAUGAACACGAGAUAUUUUUAAUGGAACUGUCCGGACACCAGGACGGAGUAGGUGCUGUAUUGGAGGAAGGUGCGAGAUUAUUGGCGGAAGGCGGUUUACACAAGGACGAGGAGCACGAAGUUCGUGUUCAGAUGUCGUUAUUGAAUUCUCGGUGGGAAGGACUUCGUAUGCGUGCAAUGGAAAGACAAACGAAAAUUCACGAGGUUUUAAUGCAGAUGCAACAGGGCCAGUUAGACGCGCUCAGGCAAUGGUUAACAAAAACCGAAGAUAGGAUUUCGCGAAUGGCAGCCGCUGAAUUGAAUCCAUCUGCCUUGGACGAACAGCUGAAACAAUUAAGCGAAUUGGAGCAAGAUAUCCAGGCGCAGCAAGGAGUUGUCGAUGGUAUGAGGAAUAUGGUGGUUGUUGUCGACGAGGAGAACUCGGAAGCGGUUUACGCACAAAUGGAGGAUCAGCUGUCCGCUCUUGGAGAACGAUGGACUCAUAUUUGUCAAUGGAAGGAGGAAAGAAGGCAACGUUUGCAGUCGCUUUCUCUGCUUUGGCAGACUAUAAAUGACGAUUACAAGAGAUUGGUCUCGUGGUUAAAUGAAACUGAAAUCACAUUGAAACAGAUGGAAGCGAAUCCAGCGUCCGAGAUCGGCGAAGUACUGGAGAGAAUAAAGAAGGUACAGGUACUGAGGAUGGAGAUGGAUUCGAAUCAGAAGAAAUUGACCUCUUUGCAAGAAUCCGUUCAGGAGUUAGAGGGUCAGAGCACUUCUCCCGAAUGUGUUAAUGUAUUGGAAAAGAUUGAAAACCUGCAGGAUAGAUGGGAAGCAGUAGGACAAAUAAUGGAAGUUCAAUCUCGAAGGAUAACUAGUUCAGGAUUUGAGUUUGAUCUGAAAUCUGAGAGCGAAAUGACAAUGGUUUCUAGUAAUGAAUGGAUGUCUGAAACCGUGACGAGUAUCGCUUACAAAGAAGAAAUCACUGCAACGGUAUAUUUACAUCCAAAGGAUUUUUUAAAACUUCCCCAAUUUUUAGAUAGUACAAUCCGACACGAGUUUGAGUCUGCUGUGAAUAAUCUGUACAAAUGGCUUGAUUACGUUGAUCUGGAAAUUGGUCGAUCGGAAGGAUUGUUUGACGAAUUAAGCGUUGAAGAAAAGAAAGUAGUGUACAACGAUACGAUAGUUGAUAUACAGUCGCACAAGGAUGAUUAUAAUAAAGUUUUGGAGCUGGGAAAGCAACUUCUUGAGGAAUUAAAGAACGUAAAUGAGUCGACUGAGGCGGAGGAAUCGAAACUCAAAGAUGUACAGAAUUGUUGGUCGGCUAUCAAUAAUCGGCUUGACGAGAUAAAGUGUCGCAUAGAAUAUCUUGAAGAAGUAAAAAAGUUUAGAACAGAAUUGGCUAGCUUAAAUUUAAUGCUGGAAAGUUAUUCCAAAUGGUUGGAUUCGAAUAAAGGGAAUAACCAAGUUGAACCAUUUAGGGUGAAAAUAAAAUCAAUGAAAUCUCACGAGGAACGUAUUAAAAAAUUGACGGAAAAAACCAGCGAGUUAUUGGAAAGACCAACUAAUACUAAUGAAAGCUGUAAUCUGAAUAUGGAUAUACAAACCUUUGUUUCUAACUGGGAAGCAUUAUAUAAAUCACUGUCUGAAAGAUUAACGGAAAUAAAUGAAGCAGUAGAUAAAACACCGCCAAAAAAAUAUAUAGAUUCAGUUGCCGAUCUUACUUCUUUUAUUAAUAAUGUGGAGAGUACAUUGUUGUCAGAGCAUAUAGUAAUGUCAGAUAAUCAGACAAUGGCGGAGCAGUUAAAAAAAUUUAGCGAUCUUCAAGAUUCUCUGAAAGAACAUCAAGAGAUUUUUAAUUAUGUGAACAGUGUUGGACAAGAAUUGAUUAUGAAGACUGGUGGAGACUCUCAGGGACAAAGACUUAAGGAUGAGCUGCAAGAUCUUAACACAAAGUGGAGCGAUAUACCUAUAAUAUUAGAAGAACGUCAACAGAAUUUAUUGAAAGGUAUUUUCUCUUUGAAAACUUUUAACAAUGAACUUUCCAAUCUCGAACGUUGGCUUGAGAAAUCAUAUCAGGACUUAGAAGAAUUGGCAAAGGAUGGUGUAACUAACAACGUCGAAGCUAUGGAACAUAAAUUAACACAAAUUCAGUCUCUGUCCGAGAACAUAAGUCAAACAAAACCGAAGAUAGAAAAACUUCAGACAUCGACGAACAAAUUACUCGAAAAUUCUGAGCCAAAGUUUGCAAGCGUAUUAAAUAGUAAAUUAGAAGUUAUAUCACAUAAAUGGAAUGCUAUUGUGGAUGGUGCUAAAAGUUUAAAUGAUACAUACGAAGAUGCUUUAAAGAAGAAUGAUGAAAUAAUAAAUGGAAUAGAGGACUUUACAAAGUGGUUGUCAGCUCUGGAGAAGGAAAUACCAGCUGAAACAAAAAUUACAUCCUCGGUUGAAUUGUUUCAAGUUCGUGGUCGAUACCAGUCGUUGAAAGAAAAGAUUGAUAAGCGAGUAGAAGAAUUUAGGAACCUUAAUGAAAUGGGCAACGAUAAACUGUUAAGCUCAGAAGGAUCCUCAGUACAGGAACUUGGCAGACGUUUUACGUUCUUAAAUGCUCGGUGGACUGACGUUACAGAUCGUAUUUAUGAACGAUACAGACAUUUGCAAAAUGCUAGUCACGAGUACGGUGAAUUUCGUGCUCUGGUUGCCCAAGAAAGUGAUUGGCUCGAUAAGUUAGAUAAAAGACUUAAGAGAUCCACAGAAAGUGCUGCCGAUGCCGAAGAAAUUUCAGAAGAACUCGAUGAUUUGGAGAAUUACAUUCGAAAUCAUCCAGAAAUGAGGCUUGAAAAAAUCCAAGAAAUUGGUAAACAACUGACUGAAAGUAAUAUCAUGACGCAAUCCAUUCAAACAGAUGUAGAAAGCUUAACAAAUCGAUGGGAAAGUUUAAACAAUCAGGCAGGGCAGCGAGCGAAGCUGCUGGAAGGAUCAGUGAAGCAAGCACAGCAAUCAGAAGGACGUAUCCUUGCUCUUCAACACUCCUUAACGCAAAUAGAUUCUGAACUAACUGCACGUCUUGACUGCGACCUUACCGCUGAUGAUUUGCCUCAUGAUUAUCAGAAAUUAAUGGAGAAAAUGGAACAUCAACGAUCAACUCUUCAAGAUAUGGCAGUACAAAUUGACUCGUAUAAAGCUGCGGGAAAGCAUGAAGUCGCGCUUAGGCUGCAAGAACAGUUGUCUCUUAUAGAACAAACAUUUUCUGAAGUACAAAAAAAAUUCCAACGUUUUCGCUGUCCAAUGAAUUUAGAGCCAAGGUUAUCACGAGCAUUGCGUGAACUUAGAGGGAUAGAAGAAGCAACUUGCUUGUUAGAGUUGUCUUCAGAAGAUCCAGAAGCUAUUGAAGGCCAACUCAAACAUUGUCUGCGUUUUUACCAAACGUUAAGUGAAAUUAAAAGUGAAAUAGAGACUAUCAUUCUCACUGGCAGAAAAUUGGUAGAAGAUAAAAAUGUUGUUGAUCCAGAGAAAUUUUCAAAACGAAUUGAUAUGUUGAAAGAACUGUAUAAUAAGUUGGGAUUACAUAUAACUGAGUCGAAAUCAUCUUUGGAAUUAGCUUUAGAUUUGUCACGUGAUAUGUAUAAAAAUAUGUCUUACAUUAACAUGUCCAUAGAUAGUAUUAACAAAGAGUUAGAUACACAGAAGAACAUGCCUGAUUUACCAGUUAACGCGAUAUAUGUGCGCGAGACUUUGACAGAAGUAAUCCCAAGAUUAAACGUUGUAAAAGAUAAGUUACUGAAAUCCCAAGAAGAGUUUUCCAAGCUUUGUGAUCCAAUGUAUUUAGAACAACUUAAGGAAAAAUUGUCAGACGUUGUAACCAGAUUAGGAAACACUGAAAAGAGAUUAAAGCUUUGCAGUGCUCCAGAGGAGGAACCGAAUGUUGACGAGUUAAAUGCAUGGCUCUUGCAAGUUCAAGAAAAAUUGAAUAAACUAGACAGUGUUCCAGUUGAUCAGUUGACAGAAAAUCAUUUUGAACAGUGCAAGGCUGUCCAGUGUGAAAUGAUAGAAGCAAAACCGAAAGUCAAUCACUUGCAACGUUAUACUUAUUAUCCGAAAGUGGCAGAAGUUUGUGAAAAAUGGGAUGUAAUAUCUAAUAGAAUACAAGAAUGGAUCCACAAAAUCACAGACAAUUUAUUAAUAAAAAGUAAGGUGGGAGAGACUAAGGGGAGAGACAAUUACGGACGCAUUAAAUCGUCUAGACAACCGGAACAGGCUCCGGUGCAGCUAGUUAAGAAAGAAACUAAGUUAAUAGAUGAGAAUGAGGAAAUAUACGGGAUAGGAUAUCUUAAUCCUGCGUUUGAUGAUAAUCAAAGUAACGUUAUACAUACACCAAAAAGCUCGCCAAUUCCUAUCGUUCAUCGAAGACGAAAGUCUUCUAUAAAGGCAGAAAAAGUAAAAAGCAAAGUUGUAGAUGUUAGUAGGACCGUUAGACGGAAGUUAGACAUGAGUUGUAUACCGGACGUUGUUCCGACCUCUCAACCACAAGUUGUUCACAUUGACGACGAUUUACUCUCUUCAUCCCCUGACACAGAUGCAUACAUGCCCGACGAAGAAUUCUUUUUAUCAAAAAAUAGUACCUUGUUCUCUCAAGUAUCAACCAAUACCUUGGUUACGACAGACACAAAACCGUACAAUAUGUAUAGCGCACAGACGAAUCCUUUCUGCAUCGUAGAAGUGAAAGAAAUGGAAAUUAAAAAAUCAGUCGCAUCCCCGGAAGAUCAUGUAAUAUUGUCAAGUGCGAAUGUCAGUGUAGGAUUAAUGCCACAGGUUGUCGAAAGAGUAGAAAUUGUCGAGGAUACAGAGACAGAACCGGAAUCAGUGGAUACUGAUACUGAAGACAAAGAAGCUAAAGGACAGACAUGUAGUGGGGGGCAAAUCAUUAACAAGAAGAAAGAACUCAUUCCUAUUUUAAAGAAAAACAAGUCAGUGGAUCCAUAUUCUGCAAAAAAUAUGAAGAAAUUAACUCUUAAAUUAGACAGGGGGACUGUUCAAUUAGAUCGACAGAUAUCAAAUAGCCAACUAACGAAGGUAGAAGAUAGUACAGCAUCAACAAAUACACAAUCAUCUUGUAAACAGGAUAGGUCUGAAAAUAUUGCAUCGUAUAUGUGGAAAGAUAAAGACAGUGUCGCUGAGUAUCUUAUUCUUGACGACUCUGAAAUAUGUUUAAAAUCAAACACCGAUAUCACUGACAUUUCUUCCCCAUUACCAAUCACUCAUAUAAGACGCAGAAAAGAGCAUGCUACCGAUAAAGAAUUAGCCUUCGAUAAAGGCAUUGAGGUUUCGAAACCACGUCAUAAUGAGAAAGAAAAUUUGGAUUCUGAGAAAAGUCCAAAGGCUUUGUUAUACAGACGCGCAAGAAGUAUAUCGAAAGAUGAUACACUAGAAGACUGUGAAAGUUUCUACGGAAGCGACAAAGAAACUGAUGAUAUUUUAAUUUUUUCCGACGAUACUGAAAUUGACGUUGGAAGUUCCAGUUCAGAAGGGGAAGACCCACAUUUAGGAGAACAUGUUGAGCACCUCUUGGGCAAGAUGCAGGUUGAAAAGGUAUCACAGGAAUCGCAACAGAAAGCCGAUGUAAAAGUAUCAGGUGACAAGAGAGGUUUCAAAGUUUCAACAGGCUUAUCCAGAACAGCUUUGGAAAAAUGCAUUUUGGAAUUUGAACAGUUUGCCCAAAAAAUGUUACAUAGAAUGGACGUUAUGCUUAUGAGCAUCAGUGGCAUUAUCAAUGAAAAAGAUCCCACUAAGCGUUUGGAGGUACUAGAAGGCGAAGUUAGUACUCUUGCACCAGACGCAGCAGCUUUGAUUAGUAAAGGUGAUGGUCUAGUCAUGACAGUGCAUGCAUCUGAUCCUGUUAGAGCUGAGAAGAUAAAGAAUGAACAUCAGGAUAAGUUACGGAGUAAAUGGCAUCAAGUUAUGUCUGAGGUUGAAUCGAGAAGAAUCCAAGCACAACGGGGCGAAGAAAUACUACGGCAAUAUAAUAAUUUAAUAGCAGAUUUUGAAGAUUGGUUUAGAGACGUCCCAUUGAAAUUGGAACAAGUGAAUAAUUACGAGGGUCAAUUAGAAUCUUUUACAGCAGAGUUUGAUGCUAAGCAAGAGCAGAUUCAUAAAUUGAACGACCUGGCUGUUGAAUUAAAAAAAUUGAACGUUGGUUACUCCGAAACUGUACGUUAUAGUAUCAACAGUAGGUGGCAGGAAGUUAGUUCACAGUUUAAAAGAUAUAGUGGUAGCAAGGAUAAAGACAAACAUGUUACUGACAAGAAAGUUGAAAUGGAUGUGGGAAGGAUUGACUUACAAGAGUUCACCACGAGAGUUAAUAAGAUUAGAGAAGCUGUCGUGACAGUGACCAGAUCACUAAACUCAAUGCCUUUGAAUGGCGAUGAUUACGAAAUGUUUGCGAACCAAGAAGAAUGCUUGAAGAAGAUUAGUAAUGCUUUGAAUAUUCUGAAACCGAGUAUCGAAGAAAUUAACUUGGUUUUUGAAAAUGUUGCUUCUCAGUUAAGGAGAGAUCAAGCUGAACAAAUUAGACGUUUGAGUGAUAAACUACGAGACGAAUGGAUGAAAGUUAAUCAAAGUUACGUAGAUAGAUAUAAUCGUUGGAACAAAUGUUACGAAAAAUGGAAAGAACUGUACCACACAUGUAGAAGCUUUUCCGAGUGGCUAGACAAAACAGAAGAAUCUUUAAAGAAACUAAAUUCUACUGGACAUUCCAAAUCAUCAAAGACAAAAAUAUUUGAAUUGGAACAAGAGAUUUCUAGAAUGCAAAGAAUUGUGAAUAAUAUUAACGUCUCGAGUGCUAGUAUUUUAACUCGUUCCAAAGCUGAAGAUAUGAUGGAACUGAAAGAAAUGAUUGAGAUGAUAAAGCGUCGCUGGCAAAAUAUAGUGGCCGAUUUAAAUUCAAGAAAAGAAAAAAAUUUUGCCAUGGAAAGGAAAGUAAAUAAUGAAGGAAGAAUUUUGGAAAGUGUUUACAACAUCUUAGAGCAAAUAAAUUCCUUACUGGUGUCUGCAGCAAAUCCAUCAGAUGAAACUUCUCUAUCAAUUAGACUGUCAUUGAUCAAGGCCAAACAAGAAGAACUUUCUUCUCGUAAAAGGGCAUUGCAAAAUCUAGUAAAUCAAAAUGAUGUACCUCCAGGAGAGGAUGACUGUAACAAACUCCUUGCUGAUGUGGACAAAGCCAAUUCAAGUCUCUCGAAUCAUCGUGAAUAUGUUGAAAAUAAACUUGCCUCUCUUAAGAAAUAUAUUUGUACUUUGGAUGCUGUUAUGGCAUGGGUAAUGGAAACACGAACAAGAAUCAGUAUAUCUCGAGAAUUAUCUGAACAAGAACGGAUCGAAGUUAUUGAUAAUGUUAUGGAAAAGUUGAAGAAACUGAGGGAAGACUGGCAGUUUGUUAAGAACAGUGGUGAAUCCCAGGGUCAUGAAGUUAAAUCCGCAGUUACAACUCCGAUCACGACCAAGGAACCAGAAGUCGAGAGGAGUGCAGGAGCUGCACCGGGGGCGGCGGGUGCAACUGCAGGGGGCUCUCGGGGGUUGGCACCUACCCCUGCCCCCUCGACGCCCUCGACCCCCGUCAUCACCACUAGCCCCUCGGCCUCAACCUCUUCGACAUCGACGUCACCUUCACCUUCUUCUUCGCAUUCUGCCGCCGUAGCGAGUUUCGACAAAUCGGUGCUACAGAUACGCGAUUGGUUGACCGUCGAAGAAGAGAUGUCACGACAACAGGCCGUGGUUGUCGGCGACGUCGACAAAAUCAUACAAAUGAUCGACAAACAAAAGAAUGUUUUACGGGAACUGGAGAAGAAAAAGCCGCAACUGGACGAGCUGGUUCACACUGCGGAAAACCUUCGAGCGGACACGAAUAGGCAGCAGCUGCACGGUAAAGUCACGAAGCUGAGAGAACAUUGGGACGAGACGAACUCGAAAGUGAUGCAAAGGAAGACGCAGUUGGACGCGAUGCUCGGUGACAGCCAGCGAUACGAGGCGAAGAGGAACGAGGUGGAAGUAUGGCUCGCGCGGAUGGAAACUCGACUGGAGAAAAUGCAGGCUGUAGGGCACACCGCCGACGUUCUCGAGGCGCAGCUCCGAGAACAAAAGUCGUUCCACGCGGAGCUGCACCAGUACAAGCGACAGAUCGAGCUCUUCAAUCAGCUCACGCAGAAGCUGAUCGCCGUUUAUCAGCAGGACGACACGACACGCGUGAAAAAGAUGACGGAGACCAUCAAUCAAAGAUACAACAAUCUCAACACCAGUAUCAUCAAUCGAGGAAAACUGCUGCACUCCGCGAUGAACUCCCUCCACAACUUCGACCGGUCCCUGGACAACUUCUUGGCUUGGUUGAGCGAAGCGGAGUCCUCAAUGGAGGGAUUGGAAGCGGACGCGGACCGACUAGGCGGACGACGGGACCAGGGCGCUCUCAGGCGACCGCAGCAUCAGCUCAAGUUGAAUUGCGAUAAACAGAAAUUGAUGCGCGACGAGGCCGUAAGAUCCCUCGGAGACGUUCUAACGGCGGUCACGUCUGGAAACCAGAUCUGUAUAGGUCACGUGUUGACUGAAGAAGGUUUUACGGCUUCGAUUGAUUGCCACAAAAGUGUGCCGAAGGCAGCAGUCGGCGUGUCGGUGAAAAUGUGUUUGGCUAGACCCUUGAGAUUCAAGGUGCUUAUGGAGUUCUAA